UUUCGUCUCUGAAUGUGCUAAAGAGAAAGUUUAACAAAUGGCCAGCAUUAAUGGACGACCGGCCCAAUAUGGGGUAUCGCUUCGGCAAUUGCGCGAACUCAUGGAGAAUCGUGGCCGUGAGGGUGCCGCCAAAAUCGAAGAAAUGGGCGGUGUCAUGGAAUUGUGUAAGAAAUUAUAUACCUCACCCAACGAAGGUUUGAAUGCCUCGAAAACCGAUAUUGAACAUCGUCGUGAAACAUUCGGUUCGAAUAUUAUACCACCAAAACCGCCAAAAUCAUUUCUACGAUUAAUGUGGGAGGCUAUGCAGGAUGUGACAUUGAUCAUUCUGGAGGUGGCAGCCAUUGUAUCAUUGGCUCUGUCAUUCUAUGCACCCGAGGAAGAAAAUAAAGCCGUCCUGGAAGAAGAAGAAAGCCACCAUGGCUGGAUUGAGGGUUUGGCCAUUUUAAUUUCUGUUGCCGUCGUUGUCAUUGUCACCGCCUUUAAUGAUUUUUCCAAGGAACGUCAAUUCCGUGGCCUGCAAAAUCGCAUCGAAGGUGAACACAAAUUUUCGGUUAUACGAAAAGGUGAAGUGUGCCAGAUAUCGGUGGGUGAUUUGGUUGUCGGUGAUAUUGCCCAGAUUAAAUAUGGUGAUCUGUUGCCAGCUGAUGGUAUUAUUAUUCAGAGUAAUGAUUUGAAGAUUGAUGAAUCCUCCUUGACCGGUGAAUCCGAUCAUGUCAAGAAGGGCAUUGAUUCCGAUCCCAUGGUAUUGUCUGGCACUCAUGUCAUGGAGGGUAGUGCAAAAAUUGUCAUCACUGCCGUUGGUGUCAAUUCCCAGGCUGGUAUUAUCUUUACACUGUUGGGCGCCACCGAUGAUGAACAUGAUACGGAAAAGAAAAAGGCCAAGAAAGAAAACGGACAAAAGAACGGCAUCAAAUCCGAUGGCAAUCACGUACAAACUCCACCCGCAAAAUCCUCCAGCGAAGGCGAUAAGAAAGAAAAAUCAGUAUUGCAAGCUAAACUCACCAAAUUGGCUAUACAAAUUGGUUAUUUCGGUUCGACAGCCGCGGCCAUUACCGUCAUUAUUUUGGUCAUCCAAUUCUGUGUUCAAACAUUCGUGGUCGAAGAGAAACCCUGGAAGAAUACCUAUGCCAAUAAUUUCGUUAAUCAUUUGAUUAUUGGUGUGACGGUGUUGGUUGUGGCCGUGCCUGAAGGUUUACCCUUGGCUGUCACGCUGUCGCUGGCUUAUUCCGUUAAGAAAAUGAUGAAAGACAACAACUUAGUACGUCACUUGGACGCCUGCGAAACUAUGGGUAAUGCCACUGCCAUCUGUUCCGAUAAGACUGGCACCUUGACCACUAACCGCAUGACUGUUGUACAAUCCUAUAUUUGUGAAAAACUCUGCAAAGUCCUGCCCAAAUACCAGGAUCUACCCAAACAUGUUGCCGAUUUGAUUACCCAAGGCAUUUCCGUCAAUUCCGCCUAUACCUCGAAUAUUUUGCCCGCUCCCAAACCCGAAGAUUUGCCCACACAAGUCGGCAACAAAACAGAAUGUGCCCUGCUGGGUUUUGUGCAGAACUUAGGUGUUAGCUAUCAAAAGAUUCGUGAUGAAAUCACCGAGGAUAAAUUCACUCGGGUCUAUACCUUCAACUCGGUGCGCAAGAGCAUGGGUACCGUUAUUCCCCGGCCCAAUGGUGGUUAUCGUCUCUUUAGCAAGGGUGCCUCGGAAAUUAUGUUGAAGAAAUGCGCCUACAUCUACGGCAACAAUGGCGUGUUGGAAGAAUUCACCAGCGAAAUGCAAGAACGUAUGAUCCGUGAAAUUAUUGAACCGAUGGCCUGUGAUGGUCUCCGUACCAUUUGUGUGGCCUAUCGUGAUUUUGUCAAGGGCAACGCUGCCGUCAAUGAAGUUUCGAUCGACGGUGAACCCAAUUGGGAUGAUGAAGAAUAUAUUAUGUCAAAUUUAACCUGUUUGUGUAUUGUCGGUAUUGAAGAUCCAGUCCGUCCUGAGGUACCCGAUGCUAUUCGUAAAUGUCAACGUGCUGGUAUUACGGUUCGUAUGGUUACGGGUGAUAAUAUUAAUACCGCUCGCUCGAUUGCCACCAAGUGUGGUAUUUUGAAGCCAGGUGAUGAUUUCCUGAUUUUGGAGGGCAAAGAAUUCAAUAAGCGUAUUCGUGAUAGUAAUGGAAAUGUCCAACAACAUUUGGUUGAUCAAGUUUGGCCCAAAUUGCGUGUCUUGGCUCGUUCUUCGCCAACCGACAAAUAUAUUUUGGUUAAAGGCAUUAUUGACAGUACCGUCAGUGAAAAUCGUGAAGUUGUUGCUGUGACGGGUGAUGGCACCAAUGAUGGUCCUGCUCUCAAAAAGGCUGAUGUUGGAUUUGCCAUGGGUAUUGCCGGUACUGAUGUUGCCAAGGAGGCUUCCGACAUCAUUCUUACCGAUGAUAACUUCAGCAGUAUCGUUAAGGCUGUUAUGUGGGGUAGAAAUGUUUACGAUUCCAUUGCCAAAUUCUUGCAAUUCCAAUUGACGGUGAAUGUGGUGGCGGUGAUUGUGGCAUUUGUGGGUGCCUGUGCCGUGCAGGAUUCUCCCUUGAAGGCUGUGCAAAUGUUGUGGGUCAACUUGAUUAUGGACACCCUGGCCUCCUUGGCUUUGGCCACGGAAUUGCCAACGCCAGAUUUGUUGUUGCGUAAACCCUAUGGUCGUACCAAGCCCUUGAUUUCGGCCACCAUGUUGAAGAACAUCAUUGGUCAAUCGAUUUAUAUGUUGGUCAUUACCUUUGGUUUGUUGUUCUAUGGUGCUCAGUAUUUGGAUAUUGAAUCGGGUCAGGAUCAACCUUUGGGUUCUGGACCCACACAACAUUUCACCAUUAUCUUCAAUGCUUUCGUCAUGAUGACCUUGUUCAAUGAAAUCAAUGCCCGUAAAAUCCAUGGUCAACGUAAUGUGUUUGCCGGUCUCUUUACCAAUCCUAUUUUCUAUACCAUUUGGAUUUUCACCUUUGUGUCCCAGAUCAUCAUCAUCCAAUACGGUUCCUUGGCCUUCUCCACAAAAGCCCUCUCUUUGGAACAAUGGCUGUGGUGUGUUGCAUUCGGCAUGGGCACCCUAUUGUGGGGUCAAAUUGUCAGCACUUUCCCACCAAAGAAAUAAGCCAUAA